CGAGAUCGCUGGUUCGAUGCUCCAUUAUUUCUUCCAGCGUGGGGUUAUCCUUCGAGAUGUUAUUGCUUCAGACAGUGUUGCAGCUUUCCGCAACCACAGUGACGAGCUCAAACAUUGCUCCCAACAUUUCAGUUCAUGGCGCAAGCGUUGCAGCGUGCGCCCCGCCAGGAAUUAGCACUGAGCGCUACCUCAGUCACAGCCGCCAUCAAAGAAUGCAGGAAAACAGCGCAGUGGUUCACCGCGGCAAGGCUACUGCGAGACGCCUCGCAGACGCGCGUGCAAGGCAACAUUGUGCUGUACAAUCUCGUAAUCGGCUUGUGCGGGAAUAGCCGGCAGUGGCAGCAGGCACUCGUUUUGUUCAGCGAAGUUUCGCAGGCGAGGCUGACGCCAGAUGCGUUCAGCUAUAGUACUGUGCUAAGCGCUUGCGAAAGGUGCGGACAAUGGCAACAGGCGGUGUUCUUGCUUGACGGCUUUGGGCGCUCAGCUUUAGAGCCAGAUAUUAUUUGCCACAACGCUGCAAUUAGCGCAUGCGGAAAAGCUUUGCACUGGCAGCAGGCAUUGGCAUUGCUUAGAGACGCGGGCCGAAGCACGGCGGAGCUGGAUACUUACAGCUACAACUCUGCAAUCAACGCUUGCGAGAAAGGCUGGCAGUGGCAACGGGCGAUGUCCUUGCUCGACGAGCUUUGUGGAGCAAAGAUGCAGCCCAGCGCUGUCAGCUACAAUGCUGCAGUAAGCGCAUGCGGGAAAGGUGGGAAAUGGCAGCUGGCCUUGAUGUUGCAGCACCAGUUGCGGCAAAUGCUGUUGGAUCCGACAGUAGUAACUUACAACUCUGUAAUCAGCGCUUGUGAGAAAGGCGGUGCCUGGGAGGGAGCAUUGUCGAUCUUUUGCGAUUUACAGGAAGCGGCGUUGGAACCAGAUGUCAUUAGCUUUUCGGCUGCGAUCAGCGCGUGCGAGAAAGGCGGACAGUGGAAGCGGGCGUUGACUCUUCUCCGCAGCAUUCGUCGAGCGGCUUUGAAGCCAGAUCUAAUAUGCUGUACGAUGUUCGCCGUUGCCCUCGCGUUGCAGAUUGUACGGGGCAGGCAGAGGAAGCGCCCACCACGUCACCGAAGGCUUUCUCAGUUACAAUGCUGCGACCAGCGCCUGCGAGAAGGAGGGGCAGUGGGAGGAGGCGCUGUCGCUUUUCAGCGAGGUGCGAGGCGCGAAGCUGGAGCCCGACGCCGUGAGCUGCAGCGCCGCGGUCGGCGCGUGCGGCAGGGGCGGGCAGUGGGCGCGUGCCCUGUCGAUGUUGGCCGGCUCGCUGCGGAUGAGCUUGGAGCCAGAUGUCUUCCCUACAGUGCUGUGAUCAGCGCGUGCGAGGAGGGCGGGGAGUGGCAGCAAGCACUGUAUGUGUUUAACGAAAUAGGGCGAGCGAUGAUGGAGGUGGACAUCGUUGCCUACAAUGCUGCAGUUAGCGCGUGCGGCAAGGGGGAGCAGUGGCAGCAGUCAUUGUCAUUGCUCUACGAAGUCCUAGACAUAGAUUUGAAUCUAGACACCCCGAGCUACAACGCUGCAAUUAGCGCGUGCGAGAAAGGCUUGCAGUGGCAGCCCGCAUUGUUUUUGCUGCGUCAAGUGUGCCACGAAAGGUUGGGGCCAGACGUCAUCAGCUUUUCAGCUGCAAUCAGUGCAUGCGAAAAGUGUUGGCAGUGGCAGAUGGCGUUAUCGCUCCUAGGAGAAUUGAGGGAAUACACGUUAGAGCCAAACAUCAUCAGCUGCAAUGCUGCAAUCAGCGCGUGCGGAAAAGGCGGGCAGUGGCAGCAGGCGUUAUCGCUGUUCAACGGGUUGCGUCGCGCCCAGAUGGAGCCAGACACAUACAGCUACAGCGCUGCUGUCAAAGCGUGCCAGGUAAGUGGAUUGUGGCAGAAGGCUGUGUUUCUUUUUGGCGACAUGUGGCGCUUGAAGGUCGAGAUUGACGCAAUCACGUAUCUGGUCGCGAUCAGCGCGUGCGACAAGGGCAUGGAAUGGCAAUGGGCCGUGUCGCUCCUCAGGGACGCACGGCACGCGAAAUUGAUACCGAUCGCAAAUUGCUACAACGCCGCCAUCAGCGCAUGUGGGAGGUGUGGGCAAUGGCAGCAGGCCGUAUCAUUAUCGAAGAGAGCUGAUCCAGGACAGCCAGGAGCCGGACACGAGCAGCUAUAAUUCUGUCGUGCGCGCAUCUGGGAGAUCGGGCAAGUGGGAGUUGGCUUUGCUGUCGCUCCGCGAGCAAGCUCAAGCAAGUGUGGAAUUGGAUGUCGGCAGCUACCCCGCGGCAAUGAGCGCAUGCGAAGAAAGUGGGAAUUGGCAACACGCUCUGUCUUUGUUCAGCCAGGUGCGGCAAGCACAAUUAGAGCCGAAUGUGAUAAUUUACAGCGCCGCUCUCAGCUCAUUUGUCAGCGGUGCUUGCUGGCAGGAGUCAGUUUCCUGCGUCAGCGUUUUAGAGUUCGAAGGACUUCGGUUUUCGCGCAUCGUUGCUCACGCAGGCAAUGCUGGAACCUAAAGCAUGUGGCAUGGCUGUGGAGUAGUUCCGGUUACGAUCAUCCUCGCAAUGUAUUGCAUACGAGUGACCGUUUUUGGUUGGGUUUGUUUUGCUUUCGUC